CAAAUUUAUUCUUCAGGCUGGUUGUUUUGUUUUCAAUAAGUACAGCAUAGGAAUCUCCUCAAACAUGUAGGCUGCCACUCUCUCUCCUCUCCUCUUCGCUUCGCUUCGGAACUUUCGAAGAUUUGAUUUUUUUUCACACAGAUAAAUAAAUAGAAUUUCGAAUUCUGUCCACCUUUUUAACCCCUCGUCUCGCCAAGUUCAUCCCUUUGAUUCAUCUCUGCCGCACUUUUUCGCAUUACACUUAAAAAAAAAUAACUCGUGCAAAGUUUCAAAUGGCGAAUGCAUCUGGGUUCUUCACUCAUCCUACAGUUUCUGGAUCUAGGAUCUCUAAAAGGGUUGUUCUCUGCUCAAGCGUGGAUGAGCAUGCUUCUUCGCCUUCUCCUUCUCAGUAUCGACCGCCCAGGCUAGUGCCACGUGGGUGCAAGUUGAUUGGAUCGGGUUCAGCAGUCCCAAGUCUCCUCAUUUCUAACGAUGAUCUCGCCAAGAUAGUCGAUACCAAUGAUGAAUGGAUAGCUACUCGCACCGGUAUUCGCAACCGUAGAGUUGUUGUGUCAGGCAAAGAUAGCUUGGUCGGCUUAGCAGUGGAAGCAGCAACCAAAGCCCUUGAAAUGGCAGAGGUUGUUCCUGAAGAUAUUGACUUAAUCUUGAUGUCUACUUCCACUCCUGAUGAUCUCUUCGGUGCUGCUCCCCAGAUUCAAAAAGCACUUGGUUGCACAAAGAACCCUUUAGCAUAUGACAUCACAGCUGCUUGUAGUGGGUUUGUUUUGGGUCUAGUCUCAGCUGCUUGUCAUAUUAGAGGAGGCGGAUUCAAGAAUGUUUUAGUGAUUGGAGCUGAUUCUUUAUCUCGGUUUGUUGAUUGGACGGAUAGAGGAACUUGCAUCCUCUUUGGGGAUGCUGCUGGUGCUGUUGUUGUUCAGGCUUGUGAUAUUGAGGAUGAUGGGCUGUUUAGUUUUGAUGUACACAGCGAUGGAGAUGGUCGUAGACAUUUGAAUGCUUCUAUUAAAGAAUCCCAGACCGAUGGUGCCUUAAGCUCCAAUGGCUCGGUGUUGGGAGACUUUCCUCCAAAGCGAUCUUCAUAUUCUUGCAUUCAGAUGAAUGGAAAAGAAGUGUUUCGCUUUGCUGUCAAAAGCGUUCCACAAUCUAUUGAGUCUGCUUUACAAAAAGCUGGUCUUCCUGCUUCUUCUAUUGAUUGGCUCCUCCUUCAUCAGGCAAAUCAGAGAAUAAUAGACUCUGUGGCUACAAGGCUACAGUUUCCACCGGAACGAGUCAUAUCAAACUUGGCUAAUUACGGGAACACAAGUGCUGCUUCUAUCCCUCUCGCUCUUGAUGAGGCUGUGAGAAGCGGAAAAGUUAAACCGGGACAUACCAUAGCUGCUUCUGGUUUUGGAGCCGGUUUAACUUGGGGUUCAGCAAUUAUCAGGUGGAGAUGAAUGGUGGCUAAGUUCCCACAUAUAAGUUUACUUCAGAGCAAAAGUUUCUUCCUCUCCCUCCCACAAAGUAGAGGAAAUACUGAAACGUGGUUAAACCGAUCUGGUUUAGUCCGGGUUAACUGGAAGGUAAACCGCAUUUUGUCUGAUUUCGUUUUUCACUUUUCUGUUUGCGGUUUUAUUAUUUGUUGUUAGUUCAUUUUGACUCUAAUAAUUUAAAAGACAACAUUUGUCAAUUCUCUUAAUCUUUUAAAUGGUCUUUAAUUUCUUUUAGUUUGUUACUGAUAAAUCAGAUCCGAACAAAACCAAGUUAUUAGUUGUUCAAAUUUGCUAGUACGCUAUUGAAAGCUUAAGCAAUGUGAGACAAGAUCACGUCAUCUCUAUUAGGGACAGAAUGCAAAUACAUAGGCAA